AUGUGUGGCCGAUCACGAUGCACAUUGGCGCGUCAGCAGGUGGCAGAAGCAGCGGGUGUCUCUCCGGAGGAGUUUACCGAUGGAGACAAAUACAAACCGGUGGAGAAUAUGGGGCCAGGACGAUACGGACCAGUGCUUUUGCAAUGCGGUGGCGAAAAGGUAGACAGUGAGACGAAAGCGAAGACGCGUCUUCAGGCCAUGUGGUGGGGACUUGUUCCGUCAUUCACCAAGGCUGAUGCAAAGCCAGAUCAUUUUCUAAUGUUCAAUGCCAGGUCCGAGAGUCUCAAGGAAAGACCAGCGUUCAAGAGACUCGUGGAGUCAAAGAGAUGUGUAGUGGUGUGUGAAGGGUAUUACGAGUGGCACCAAGUCGACAAAAGAGAGAAACAGCCGUACUACUUUUACCGCGAGAAAAGUCUGAUGAAGUUUGCAGGACUAUACGAUCGCUGGAAAAACGAGGAAGACGAGCUGAUGUACACCUAUACUAUCCUCACCACUGCGAUCGCGUCGGAGAUGAAGUGGUUGCACACCCGAAUGCCGGUCAUUUUGCCGCUGGACGAAGAUGUUGGUCGGUGGCUUUCCGGUGCAAAGUUUGAAGACCUCAAAGGUUUGCUGAAACCGUAUAGCGGAAGCGACUUAAAGUGGCAUCCUGUGGACAAGAGAGUUGGAUCGAUGCAGUUUCAAGGUGAAGAAUGCGCCAAGCAGAUCAACAUUAAGCAUGCAGGCGACAUCAAGUCGUUCUUUGGAGUCAAGGCAGAGAAGCAAGAGCCUCGGGUGUCUUCACCAGGGAUACCACCAACAACGUCCGACAAGACGGACGGGGUACUAAGCAGUGAUUCUGUUGCCAGCUCUUCAGUCAAAAAGGAAGAGCAAAGCGUCGACCCCGACGCUAGGCUGGCAAAACGCUGUCAACAGUUUCUCACCAACUUUGUGCCAGCCUCCUCGCUCCUGGGCAAAAGCUUCGCGGAUGAAAAGGAGGCGACUCAAUCUGAACAGCUGAACCAAAAGCGCCGUCGCGUGUCAUCUCCACCACGACCAAAAAAGACGUCCACACUCAAGUCGCCAGCCAAGUUCAAGAUGUCGCCCGGCCCAAAACAAUCGUCGCUCGACUUUUUUUUCAGCAAGGGGUCGGCUCCGAACUGA